CGUAGCGCCACUUAUGGUGGUUACGGACAUCCUACAUAUUAUGGCUUUGAGCGUUCCUGUUCGUCAUUCGUGAGUCUGUCAACUAUGUCGUAUACUUUCGUUGCUGUAUUUCUGUCUGGUAUGUGUGUUUUGGGGUUUGAGACCCCGCGGCCGACGGUCGCGUCUCCGGCUGAUUGCUCUGCUCUUAGAGAGGCCAUUCCCAAUGAUGUUAACUGCGUGAUAUCAAACAGUUGUACUCGUCUGCGAUGCUCCACGUCCGCAGUGCCAUUCUAUCCAAUUGACUACAAUGUCAUCAUCCACAAGUGUCAUCAUCCAGUUCAAGUUACUUUUGACGUAGCGGCGACUGACUUUCGCUGGAGUCAUACAUUCGAAGGAAACGAGACGGUGCCGAUCUCCGGCUUGCCUGACUGGAUUAGAGGAUUGGCUGGCGAUCCGUAUGCUCACGUGGAAAUGAGCAGAACCUUGGGUGGGAUAGUGCUCUCUGCGGCUUUGUGGUUCAAAAAGAACGGGAAGUGGACAACGGACGAGAUCCCUAUAGUUCAACGACACAAAAUCCCUUUUGACACAUCAGACUGCUCUUCUACUGGGUAUUACUCAAAGACUUCUCCUACUGUUUAUAAACCAACUGAGAAGUUUGCUAGCAGCUUUUCUGUUGGUGACUCGACAACAUCUAACUUUAUCUUGAGUGAGUUGUUGCAAGAUCCUGUGGUGAAGAAAUGCUUGAGUCAGCUUAAGCAAGGGACUUCUAUUGAUGAUUGGAUAACAGAUAGUGGUGGUUUAAGUGGCGAUUUACAGGCAUGCUAUUGUCACAACCGGAAAGCUACUAGUUAUGGUACUUUGUGCAAGUCUUCUUCAGACAAUGGAUCAAGUGAUACAAAGUGGUACAUCAUCGGUGGCUGUGUUGGUGGUACCAUAGUUUUGGUUGUUGUUGUGGCAAUAAUCGUGUUCACAAUAUGCAUGAAACGUCGCGUGUCUGCAACAGCUGGUGUGUCAUACAGGGAGCUGUCAGAAGAAUGUUAGAAAGUCAUGAACAAUGUGAUGCUGUAUGCUGUUUGUUUAACUGUGGUCUAGUAGAUUAAUGUGACUGAUUUGAAGUCAUUUUUAGCUCUUACAGUUGCAGUGAUUAAUUAAUUAGUUUGCUAUCUACGUGAUCAAUCUUGUGGCAA